AUGGAAUCUAACCAGGAAGAAAGCCGUGAACAUGUGGAACAUGGGUUCCAUAAAGUUAUUCAAGGUGUGGAUGUUGAUUUGAGCUAUACCAGUCUGGCAUUGCCGUUUAUUAUUGGACUUGUUGCCAUUUUAUUGACCUUGGUCGUCUUUCUGAGGAAGAAGAAGAGCCGGAAUACUGUCCUGAUCCUUGGGCUCAGUGAUUCCGGAAAAACGUUCAUCUUUUCCAAAUUUUUGGGACAAGGUAAAUUAAAAAUAGGGUUGUUAAUUUGACGGUUUUUUCAGUCUGACGUCAAAUUGGCGUCAUUUUCGUCACUUUUGGCUAAAUUGAAAGUUCUAACAUACGAAGCUUUCAAAGUUAACGUAGGCUGUAAUGAAUACCAUUUAAAUUAGUCGUAAGUAGUUUACUUCAUCGGUCGUUUUGACAAGAAAGUUACUAAAAAUUUUAAAUUACCGCAAAAAAGACUUCAAUUUGACAUGAAGAAAAUGACGGCAAUUUGACAACGUGACUGACCGUCAAGUUGUCGACCCUAAUCCAAAAACCCAUUUGGCCGGAAACUUUUGAUUGUUAGGUUCUGACUGGGAAUGUUACAAGUCAAUGACCGAGAACAAAGCGACGGUCGAUGAUGUCAACAACAAACCCACAGAAUUGGUCGAUUUCCCUGGUGCCGAACGAUUGCGGUCCUUGUUGUUCGAAACAUGGCUCGGCCGAGUAAUUCCCUUUCUUUUUUUGUAUAUUUGUUUAGAAUGUCGGACAAAUCCGUCGCAUCCUCUUUCUUAUUGACAGCGACAGCUUCACAAAGAAAGCCAGAGACAUCGCCGAGUUUCUUCAUGAUGUUUUAUUUGCUGCUGAUCAAAUCCCUAUCCUAAUUUGCUGCAAUAAACAAGAUCUGGACACGGCCAAGUCAUCCAAAGCUAUUCGAACCCUUUUGGAAAAGGUAAGAGACGUGAAUCACAGUUUGAUUACUCAUUUCAGGAGCUAGGGCUGGUUUGCCAAACUCGGAACCGAACAUUGGAAUCAACGGCCGAGACCACAGUCCGAUCUCUUAGCCCUGAAGGAGAGUUUUCGUGGUCAAAAUUCUCUGGAAAUGUGGAAUUUAAGGACCUUUCGGCUUUGGAUGAGGAUCAGUUGGAUGGGGUUCAUCAGUGGAUUAUCUCUCCUUGA